AUGGACGAUCGUGAUCAACCCAAGUCUCUGACUCAGAAAUCAUGGGAAUCGGCACCAAGUUCACGCCAGACAGUUAAAUUCUUGACGGCGGUAACAAUCGGAACCACACUAUCGUUUUUAUCUGGUCUGACUUUAACAGGUACCGUGAUAUUCCUGGUCAUUGCCACACCAGUUCUGGUGUUGUUUAGCCCAAUUCUGGUACCGGCGGGGAUUGUCAUACUACUGGCGGCGACUGGUUUCUUACUCGCCGGAGGUUUUGGUGCAGCGGCGCUGUCGGCUUUGAUCUGGAUCUACGAUUACGUCACUGGGAAAAACCCUCCGGGGUCCGAUCAGCUUGAUUAUGCAAGGUUCAAGCUUGCUGGUAAGGCUAGAGAUGUGAAGGACAGGGCCAAGGAGUAUGGGCAAUAUGGGCAACAAAGAGCCAAGGAGUAUGGGCAAUAUGGGCAAUAUGGCCAACAAAAAGCUCAUGAGGUUACUGUAGAAUCUUGA